GUUUACGGUUUCUCUCAGGCCGACGCGAUCAUCCCCCUCUGCAAAGAUCUGGCCGGCCGGCUGCCCCCACAUUCUCAAGCUAGAUAAAAGUAUAGUUAGAGACUGCCUCUCCUUAGUCUACAGCUAGCUGGCAAAGUGCAAGAUGCUAGAGGAGGAUUUGGAGAUAGCCAUCAAAGUGGUUGUGGUUGGAAAUGGACAUGUGGGUAAGAGCUCCAUGAUCCAGCGGUUCUGCAAAGGAGUGUUCACUAAAGACUAUAAGAAGACAAUUGGAGUGGAUUUUCUGGAGAAGCAUAUGGAAAUCAACGACAAAGAAACUCGACUGAUGCUUUGGGACACUGCUGGGCAGGAGGAAUUUGAUGCUAUUACAAAGGCAUACUACAGAGGUGCGAAUGUGUGUGUGGUCGCAUUUUCCACUGUGGAUCGAGACUCUUUUCUAGCUGUGGAAAAUUGGAAAAGAAAGGUCGAGGCAGAAGUUGGUGAAGUUGUUAUGGUUGUUGUGCAGAAUAAAAUCGACCUUAUCGAUAAAGCUUGCAUGACUCCAGAUGAGGUGGACACAUUAGCCAAGAAUCUCCGACUGAAGCUUUUUAGGAUCUCAGUGAAGGAAAAUUUCAACGUGGAUGAAGUUUUUAAUUAUCUGUGCUCAAAGUUUCUCAACAAAAGAGCUAGAAAGCAGAAGGAACUCACAGAAAAGCAAACCACUAUAGGGUUCAGUAAUGGAACCGAGUCUGUGCCAGAGACCAAGACAAAGGAAUCUACUGUAUUAGGAGGUUCAAAUGGAACUGAAGAUGUAACAAACUCAAACGGUGGACAAUCAUUUCAGAUUAAGCCCACAAAAGAGCGGGCCAAGAAAAAGACUUCAGGAUGUAUUGUUUUAUAGCAAGCACCAGAGGAUGUCAGCAAAACAUCACUCAGUAUUUAUGUUGUUUGUGCAUAAUUUUUAGUACUGUA